CUUUGUUCGGGAGACGAUUUCAGAGGGAGAGCCGACUUCGCGAGGUCGAGGAGUGAAGAGAGAUUUUAGGCGCGUUCCAAGAAAACCUAAGGUAUUGUUUGGAUUGGAGGUGUCGGACGGAGAGGGAGGGGAAGGGAUGGGGACGGAUGGCAAGGGAGGAGGAGUGAGGGAGGCUGCCUCCUUCCUCCUUUGGGUUUCCAAACAGAUAGGGGGAGGGAGAUGGACUGAUUGUAACUCCCUUCAACCCCCCUCAACCCUCCUCAAAUUUUGUAGAUUUGCAAUUUGUAUAAUUUGGGGAGUUUAGAAGGAAUUUGACCUCGCUUCUCUCUAUUCUGAAAAGAUUUGUGGGUGCGGAAACCGGCAUUAACAUGGGGUCGAUGCUUGGUAACUGGCCCUCAUUCGAUCCUCACAACUUCAGCCAGCUUCGACCCUCUAAUCCGUCCAAUCCUUCCAAAUUGGCGCCUGCCACCUAUCGGCCUACUCACAGCCGGACUAUUCCACCACCUGAUCAAGUAAUAACUACUGAAACCAAAAAUAUUCUGAUAAGAAAUUUUUACCACCACACAGAGGAGAAGAUGAGACCAAAGAGAGCUGCCUCUGAAAAUUUAAUACCGGAGCAUGGAAGUAAACAACCUAGACCUUCACCCUCACAUUAGAUUCAUUUUAGUUCUUUUAUAUGUAUGUAAAUAUUUCUUGCCAUGGCAAAUGUGUUUUAGAAAUUGAGAAGCAACUAGCUUGCUCAUUGUUGUAAACUGUUUAGCCACACAGGUACUCACGUCUGGGUAAUCCCAUUGAAAACGGAUUCUAUGUAUUUCUCCACAUUCAUGUGUUGGUUUCUGUUGCGGCAGUUGUGUGUGUGUGUGUUUUUAUCUUUUUGGAGGGAUGGGGGGACUGGCCAAAGAAAAAAGUUAAUAGUGU